UUGCCAGUGUUUUUUCCGCCAAGGUCUUCUACACGUCCAAGUUUGUUCCACGCCUCCCGUCCAUUCGUGCAUUCCCAUCCCACGCCAACCACUCCAACAUCAAGCAGUCUUCAGCAGCACUGCGCUUUCAUGGGAUUACAAAUCGAGCUACAGCUCAUGAUUGCUUUCAUACGUCUGCUUUCACCAACACCACUUCUCUCGCUAUCACUAGCGCUACGCCUCAAGCUAGAGCUCGUGUGCGCUCUAGAAGUCUGUCUCCCUACUCAAAUCAAUUCAGUACCACUGCCUAGUCAAGUGUCAAGGUGUGCAUCACGAGCUAGAGCCCUACGACAGAUCGAAGGUGAUUUUUUAGUCGACUCAGCAAUAAAGUAUUUCGAGCACGUCCCGAGCUAGAGCUGCGCUCUACCAUCGAUCGGUCACACCGUUUCUACCACCACGCUCUCUCCCUUUCGCGUCUCUCGUCGGCCAGUGUCCGUCGUCGGCUGUCUUUCGAGUCGACUGAAUAGUUUGUCUCGCAAUGGAGUCAUUCUGAGUCGACUCAAGUGAUGUUCGCCGGCCGAAGGUCCCUUGGUAGUAUCACCACGCGCGUUCUCCCUUUCACAGCCUCGCUCGUCGGCCGUCAUGCGCCGCAUUUCAGAGAUCUGCUCAAUUUGUGACCUAGUCGGCCUCCUUUUCCUCUCCCUCUCCCUCGCUCUCGCGGCCGGCUCUUCCGCAUCUGACGUCCCCCAUCCAUGGGUCUGCCCCUGCGAUUCCUCUGUCAACCCAUCACUUCCCCCACCACCUGACGGCUCCGUCCCCGCUAUAGACAUCUCCUUUAAGGGAGAAUUCGGGUACGAGCUGAUCGCAGUCCUUCCCCACGCCUACUGGCAUUUUCUAAACGGCACACUCAGAUCGACCAAGUCCUGUGGCUCCUCCCUCUCCCUCCUCUACUACUUCAGCCCAGCCCAUUACACUGAUCCCCAUUGCAAGCGCUCCAACAAUUUUAAUUACGUGAUUAAACAGUAUGGUUUUACCGAGGGCCUUCAUUUUAGUGACAUUCCGGAGUAUUGGCACCCCCCUCCUAUAGUGCAGCGGACUCGGGAGCUUGGACGGGUGUGGCUGGAUGUGCCUAUAGGGUCGCCGCUGGUGAUUAUAAGCAACAAGGUUGAGAUAGAAUGGGGUGGACCCCCCGUCAAUUUCAUCGACAUGUCUACACUCCUUACAAUCAUUCACGAGUUUCUCAAUAACGGGUAUUUUGUGGUGUAUAACCGGCCCGGGAGAUCUAUCAGAGUGGAUCCGGAGCAAGGAGACAUGUUCGACUUUGAGGAUCAUCCUAGGCUGGCUGAGGAGUUUGGUACGGAGGCUCGGUUCCAAACCAUGCAGCAGAUUCAUGAGGCUUGGCCAAACCUAGGUUUCAACGAGGUUCAGUUUAGAAUGAUGGCUAGAAGCUCUUGCUUUGUCAGUGUACAGGGGGGUGGUUCUGUGCUGUCGAGUUAUUGGGGUGGGAAGAACAUAAUUUUUUACCGGAAGGGGUGGGAGGAUAAGGGAAGGGCUUAUGAUAGGAUCUAUCAUAGGAUGUCUGGGGCAAGGAUAGAGGUGGCUAGGGCAUAUGAAGUGCUGGUGGAUAGAGUGCAGGAGAUGAUUAGAGAAGAGCGCUGUAGGGCUGUGUGAUGCACAUGUGGUGCAAAUUGUUUCAUACUUAACGGCUGGAGUACGUUUUAAGAUAUAAGUUGUGGUGUGGUGCUAACUAGUGUACCUCCCCCAACGAACCACGGGCAUCCUAGGUGUCCCAUACUCAUUGGCAGAGGUGCCGCUGACCCGCCGUGAGUUGCGGCGCCACGCGUGCUCCCGUGAUCGUGUAUUCUCAGUCACGGCGCGCUUCGUGUAGAACACGCUUUACGUUCUGUUCCAUUUAGUCUCUCUUCCGCAUCUCGCUCGAAUUGAGAGGAUUUGCGUGAUUCGUUCCGUAACAGACAGGCUGCUGCUGACCAUACAAAGCGUGAUUCGUUCCGUACGAAGCGAAUGACGUGACCUUCCGUUUUUCUAAGUCUCUCACUAGUGAGCUGGGAUGCGCUCCCUUAGGAUAAGAAGAUGAGGUGUGUUGAACGGCUGGGAUUCGCGCUCGGCCAUCACUGACAAGAGACGUCCGGUUUUGUCACCUCUCGAAUAGUCACUACCGCUCUGAGCCUGAUCACCGUCAACACCUUGUCGAUAACUGCUAACGACAGCUAACGACUGCUCACGACUGUUAACGACUGCUAACGACUGCUAACGAGCUUGCCUUCCCUGCCGCCGCGACAGCUCCGGCUCAGUUCCUCCUCUCACGAAACCAUGGAUUUCGGUUUCAGCCUCUUUUUACCCAAACGGCAAACGUCCGAGCCUCCAAAGCCUGCACUUCCCGAUGCUCCAGGUGCGUCGGCUGCUACGAGCCCCCGAGCCUCUGCUGCUUCCGCCUCGGGAUUUCCUUCCGCUUCCUCCUCGUCUCUCCUCUCCUUCGGUCCUUACCUCCCGCUAGCACACG